AUUCUUAGAGAGAGAGAAAGGCAGAAACACAGGCAGAGGGAGAAGCAGGCUCCACACAGGGAGCCUGACGUGGGACUCGACCCCGGGUCUCCCGGGUCAGGCCCUGGGCUGCCCAUCAUCCUCUAGCUUUCUAAUCCUCCCCAAUUCAGCCAAUUUGCGGUGGACAGAAACCUCUUGUCAAUUGAAACCCUAAUUUUGGUAAAAGUGGUUAUUGGGGAGGAAAGAGUGGGGUGAUAUGCCCUCCCUCUGGGGCCUCGGGAUGGGACGAGCUGGGGGGUCACAAGAUAGUAGAGGUGGAGGGAUGUGCACAAGGUCAGGAGAGAGGCUUUUGGCAAUGGGGGUGGGGGCUGGAGACUCCUGCUCAGCUGGCUCCCUCUUCCGGCUGCAGUCCUCCUCCCCCAUUGAGUCCCUCCGCAGCUGUGCGAGGACACCUGCUUGGUGCUGCUUCGCUGGCUCCUGGGACAAUGGCACAUAGAAGAACCCACGUGUCCAGUCCGGGGGCCUCACGCUCAGGCUGCUAGCUCCAGAUUGUCCAAAACUGAGACAACUAAAUAGAGGCAGUUACUGACCAUCAACGAUGUUCCAGGGACACGAAACCAAGCCCUGUGUUCGGACCAGAUGUUUGCCAUCCGGCCAGGGGUAGCCGAGGGGGCCCAGUUCCUUGGGGCCCCGCCUGGAGGAUGUCAGCCUGAGCUCCAGCCAGACAGCAACUUGAACUUCUUGGCGAGUGCCAAAGACGCCAAUGAGAAUUGGCAUGGGAUGCCAGGCCAAGGGGAGCCCGUGCUGAUGAGGAGCUCUUCCAAGCUGCCCUCUGACAACCAGGCCUUCCAGGCCCCUGGACUUGCCGAGGGGGAGGUGCGCAGCCCACCAGAAGGGGAGGAGAUCCCUAGGGCCAAGCUCGAGAAGAUGAGUGGGGCCAGCACCGUCUGCUCCCCCCUGGAGGACAAUGGCUACGCCAGCAGCUCCCUGAGCACCAGCAGCCGAGGCAGCAGUCCUGAGCCCGCUUGCGGCACCCCUCGGGGCCCGGGCCCUCAGGAUCCCCUUCUGCCCUCCGUGGCCCAGGCGGUGCGGCAGCUGCAGGCUCAGGAGCGCUACAAAGAGCAGGAGAAGGAGAAGCACCACGUGCACUUGGUGAUGUACCGUCGCCUGGCCCUGCUGCAGUGGAUCCGCGGCCUGCAGCACCAGCUGGUUGACCAGCAGACCCGUCUGCAGGAGAGCUUCGACACCAUCCUAGACAACCGGAAGGAGCUCAUCCGCUGCCUCCAACAGAGGGUGGCCCCAUCCGGGCCCCAGGAUCAGGGCUAAGGGUGUGCCUCCACAGGGGGGCAGGGGUACAUGGAUAUAUUUGCAGGCAUGUGUGGGGUUGCGCACAAGUAAGUACAUAAUCCUUGGCUGGCGUGAGUGCAGGUAAGCAAAAGUGAGGACGUAUGUGCUAACGUGCAGCCAGGCCUGUGUGAAUCAGCACCUGUGUACCGUGUGUCCACAAAGCCAGCUUAGGUGCAGGCCUACUUGUGAAUGCAUACACAUGUGUUUACAGCACACGUGUAGGAAGGCGUGAGUGUGUAUAUGUAGGCGUGAACAGGUAUGCUUGUGCAUAUGUGUACGUGAGCGAGGAUAUAUAUGCAAAAGGUGUGUGUGCAGAUGAGUGAGUUUGAGUGUGUGGGCUUGUGGUGGGUGUAUGUGAAAGUGCCUUUGCGUGUGCAGGGCCAGGCCCAGGAAGUGUGUAGUUGGAGCAUGUGUGUUUGCAGGCCAACUCCUAAGCAAGUAUCUACAGAUCCGUACUCAGUUGCUUCUCUGGGGCCUCCCCACCCUGUGUUUCCCAUCGCCAACCCCAGCCUUCUUUUCUCCACAGGGUCCCAUCGGUCCAGAGGAGGGGCGCCUGCAGUCAUAUGUGCGGGUGUGGAUGACCCAGGCCCCUGAGGUUUCCCAGGCCACCCCCUGCUCUCUCCCUCUGACUUUGCUCUACUAGGGCCAUUGUCCCCCGAUAGUAGAGUCGCUGUGGGAGGUGUGGGGGCUGCUCCGGCCUGCCACGGCUUUUUGGCCACAGUUUUGGCAACUGGUAGAGACUUAGAAUGAGGGAGGGGCGCUGGGGGUGGUGAUGGCCACUGGGGCAGGGACGGGGGGAUGGGGAUCAGAGAAGAUAAAGGACUGUCCCCCUUGGACUCUGCCUCAGGGCACGGGGGAGAUGGGGGGGGGAGAUGGGGAGGGGAGAUGACAGCCGCAGACCCUGUGAGGACUAGGAGAAUGCGGAUUCUAAACUACCACCUGGAGACAAACCAGCUUCUCCAUGUUCUCCACGUCCAAGGAGCUGUUGCAGGUCAUAUAGAUUGAAGCUUCUGAUAAGAGCGAAUGUGCUGACGCGCCUGCGAGGGCCGGACAAGGUGUUCCAAGACUGCCGGGGAAGGAAAGCUCCCUUUCGUCUCUGUGCCUCUACUUGCUGUCCCCCUCCGGCUUUAGCGUCGCGGGAAGUCAGAUUCGGUUGGCCUGUUUUCCUGCGGUCGGGCUGCCUGGGCCCAGAGGAGCCGUGGUCAGCCUUCCAGGGCGCACAGGGGGGCCAGCAGCGCAGCCCCUGGAAACUCUCAGGAUACUGGGUCAUCACCCUUCGGUCACUGCAUGGCCCUUUCAGCGGGGGUUGACAGGUUCCCAUGAAACGGAGAGUGGGUGAAUUCUGGGGACAACCAAGGACUAAAGCAGCCGGGGGCUCUGCUUUGCUUUUGGGAGCCAUGAGGAAGCAGGAUCCUGGUAGAUGAGCAGAGGCAUGAUGCUGAGUCUCCCUGUCUGCAAAAUGCGGGUACUCUUCCUGCCUCUCAGGAGUUCUAUCCCUGACAGGUGUGGGGGGGGUGAAGGGUAUUGGGACUGAGGCUGAAGCAAUGGUCCUGGGGACUUCUGUGUCUCACCCUUGCAUGUUGAACCUGGUCUCUGGGCCAAGCCAGGGUGAAUAAACUGGGGCAGCGAAAUGCA